CAAACUGACAGUCAUGAGUAUUUUAUAGAAAUGGCGCCCUUCGUCGAAACAGACGAAACUAUACAGUCGGAAGAGCUGGUAGCUCCGCAAGCGGCUCCAUGGAAGUAUGAAAUAGUGUACCCAGCUGUUCUUGGCAUGGGCUACAUCCACUUGGCUGCUAUUUAUGGGUUGUACCUCGCCGUUACAGCUGCGCAAUGGUACACGUUAGUCUUUUCUGCUUUCACGGCGGUUGCGGCUGGGAUAGGCCUAACGGCGGGGGCUCACAGGCUUUGGUCUCAUCGAGCGUACAAGGCCAAACCACCGCUGCAGAUCCUACUGAUGAUAAUGCAGAGCAUAGCCUUUCAAUAUUCAGCACUAACCUGGGCGAAGCUUCACAGAACGCAUCAUAGAUAUAGCGACACAGACGCGGACCCGCACAACGCGACGAGAGGGUUCUUCUUCUCGCACAUGGGCUAUUUGAUGGUGAAGAGCCACCCCGAAUUUAGAAAACGCGUAAAAUUAAUGGACUUUUCGGAUCUAUACAGCAAUCAGAUCCUGAUGCUUCAGCAUAAGUACACGAUUCUCUUCUGUUUUACCUUCUGCUUACUCCUGCCCACGGUCAUUCCCGUGUACUUGUGGGGGGAGUCGCUGAGUGUGGCCUGGCACGUGUCCAUGCUUCGCUACGUCUACAACAUGCACACCACUUUCCUAGUCAACAGCGUCGCGCAUAUGUUCGGCAGUGGGACUUACGACAAGUCCAUCAAGCCGACCCAAAACGUCUUCGUGUCCUUGCUAAUUUUCGGCGAAGGUUUCCACAACUACCACCACGUGUUCCCAUGGGACUACCGCACGGCGGAGCUGGGCAACAACUGGCUGAACCCCACCAAGCUGUUCAUAGACUUCUUCGCGUGGGUGGGCUGGGCGUACGACCUCAAGACGGUGUCCGAUGACGUCAUCAGCGCUCGGGCCGAGCGCACCGGAGAUGGGACCAACAGUUGGGGAUUUAAAACAAAAAGUAGUUAA